AUGGCCCUGCUCCCCCAGGGUUUCUGGACCCGCUUCUUCCCAGCCUGGGAGCGGCUGCAGGCACUGGUGGCCGGAGGGGCCCUGGGGGAGCCCCGGGUGCUGCGGGGGGCCCUGGCCUUCACCCUGGGGGACGUGGAGCGGGUGCGGGAGCCUGGCCUGGCUGGGGGGGCCUUGCUAGACCUGGGGGGCUACGGGCUGCAGAUGGCCACUGCCCUGAUGGGGGGGGCACCCUGCAGCCUCAGGGCCCACGGCUGCCUCCACCCCUCCGGGGUGGACGAGACGGUGACGAUGACGCUGGAGUACGAGGGGAACCGCCAGGCCGUGCUGACCUGCUCCAUGGCGGCUGAGCUGCCAGGCGGGGCUGCCCUGGGGGGCACCCAGGGAUGGGCUGAGUUCCCCAGCCACAUGAACUGCCCAACUGAGCUGGUAGUGGGGGGCCGGCGGGAGCUCUUCCCCCUGCCCCCCCCCUCCCAGCCCCUCAACUUCCCCCACGGCACCGGCCUGCGCUACGAGGCCCAGCACGUCCGGGAGUGCCUGCUGCAGGGUCUGACUGAGAGCCCCGUGAUGCCGCUGGCCGAGAGCGAGCUCAUCGCCCAGCUGCUGGACGAGGCGCGGCGGCAGGUGGGGGCUGCGGGGCCAGAGGGGGGCUCGCCGGGAGCCCCCAGCCCCAUGGCGUGAAC